UUAGUAAGACACAAACGCAUCCACCACCAUCACCAGAGCAGCCGGGAGGGAUGGUGGACGUGACCAGCACAAACUUCGCCUCUCUCCUUCCCUCAGUAGUGGAGGAGGCGAAGUCAUGCUGCUUCCUGGCCCUCGACACGGAAUUCACGGGGCUGCUCGCUGAUUCCGCCUUCAGGAACAAUCUAUUCGAUGACGGGCCGCAGCGUUACCACAAGCUGAGUGCCAACCUACGUCGCUUCUCUGUGGUGCAGCUCGGUCUGGCACUCUUCACUGGUGUUCCAGAUAAAAAUGCAUACAGUGUUACCAGCUAUAAUUUCUACCUGCGGCCUCACUCCUGUGGCUCCAGUGAUCCCAUCAUUGCCUGCCAGACCUCCAGCCUUGAGUUUUUACAGAGAUUUAACUUUGAUUUUAACAAGUGGCUUUACGAAGGUGUGCCGCACAUGAACUGUGAUGAAAUAGACGACCUCCGAGGGGAAUUAACAGCCCUCUUCAGCGGAAAGAAAGCAUCCUAUAUGUCUUAUGAGGUAGAGAGAUACUUCCGCAGCGUGGGUGAGUGGAUGGUCACAGCACAGGAUGGGGAAACACACAGCAUUGGUGGAGUGCAGGACAUCCACUCUCAGGCGAUGCUUCUGGCCGCCCUGCACACCUCCUUCUCCGAGCUGUGGGCCACACUGCAGGACGGCCUGGUUGUGGUGGAAAAAGUGUCAAGCAGUGAGAGAGCAAGACUGGAGGCAGAGGACCCAAGCCGCAGCCAGUUAAUAGAGGCAAUCAUUGAGAGAAACAAGGGAUUUACAAGUCUCUUCCAGCUCCUCGUUCAACUCAAUAAACCAGUUGUCCUUCAUAAUGGCUUGCUGGAUCUUCUGCUGAUAUAUAAACAGUUCCACAAGAGGCUGCCAAGUUCCUACGACCACUUCAAGUCCGAGGUGCACCAACUGUUUCCCUUCAUGUACGACACCAAGUUUGUGGCCGAGGAGCUCAAGUAUAAGUACAGGGAUGACAUUUUUGUGAGUCGAGCCUUGAGCAAAACAAACCUUGGGGACCUGACCACCGCCCUGCGAGGGGACCUGCCUGUCACGUACCUGCCCAAGCUGCACCACACACCACCAGACAACAAGUAUACGCGGGAGGGAGCGACACUGCACGAGGCAGGCUAUGAUGCAUUGUUGACGGGUUUCUGCUUUCUGCGCAUGUGUCACUUGUCAGCCAUGGUGCAGCUCCCCCAGAUGCAGCACCACCGCCCACUGAGUCCCCGGGAGCACCUGUCCACCCUGAGGCAGUACGCUAACAAGAUACACUUGCAGAGGUCAGCCGUUCCCUUCAUGUCCCUGGAUGGCACAGACCCGAGGAGCAAGCGUCCUCCGUGGCUGGUGGUGCAGGGGCGGGGCAGGGGAGUAAGGGCAUCACCGGGCCUGGUCUCGGCAGCCCUGGCUAAGUAUGGACAGUUGGACGUGCAGCCACUGAACAACAACUCUGUGCUUGUGGCCACAUCUUCCUGGAGGAGUGUUUCAGAGAUCCUGGCAAACCUGUCGUCCGAGGGUCCCCUCAAGGCACAGGUCUACACUAGGCUGAGGCACUCCACCCUUGGUCGCAGCGUUGUGUGGUCCAGCGCCGUGCUGUCAACAGGACUCUGUGCCUGGCUGGUCUAUCGGUCCUUCAGGAAGUCUUCCCCUUGACACCACCAAUGGAUAGAGGUACACUGUAGUACUACAAUUAGAAAAGUCAUACAUUUGUUUUUUUGCACAAACACUUGGCCGUGAUACAGACGUAGUGCUUCCCAUCCCUACAUGGUCACCUUAACAAGACUGCAUCACCAUCACUUCCAGCUCACAUUUUGUUUUGUACUUCUCAUCAAUCUGCUUCCAAUUCAUCCUAUCACAUUGCACAGAACCCCUUGCUUCCCGUCACUCCCGAGGGACGGGGCACACUCAGAACCCGGGAGUGCACCAAGAGGCAGCAGACGGUCACAUUAGGGCAGAUUUCCUUAGUUUAUAAUUGAGGGGCAAUUUUAUUCAUGCAAGACCAGACUGAGGGAUGGCAGCCGUGGUGAGCCACGUGGCGGUGGCCUGCAGCAAGUGAGCCGCCCAGACGUGACUGUUGCUGCCGCGACUCCGUGAGGAAGCAGGAAGGUUGAUAACGCUAUGUUGCUGCUUAAAGCAAUUGAACUGUUGUUUAACAACAGCUAACAAGUAACUUAUAAUUUAGUCCACCAUUUCUUGCCUCAGGGACAAAGUGUGUGAGCAAAACGUGUCCGGCACAACAGGCCGAGGGUUCCUCACUGAUUACAAUUUAAACCAUGCUUGCUUGUUCUUGUUGUUUUAAAUUUCUACUAGUACAAUACUAAGAUUCCUGAGUAAUGCUAGUUUUACAUACAUGCUUGUUACUGUAUGUCACCAGUUAGUGAAUAAUAGUAGACACUAUUCCUAGUAGAUGAUGGAGGUAACUACCUCAAAGAUUAACUUUUCAUAUGUAAAUAUUCUUGGGAGAUUAUUGAAGCAGAAUCAGAUACAGGCUCUUCUGCACAACAAACAAGGUUACUGCCAUACUCGCCAAGGCAAAGAUUCCUGCCGAUCCCAAAUAUUAUGCCACUUACAAAAUUUGGUCUUAUAAAUCUGUACUCUGAGCAGAGGCAAGAAUUAUGCAAAUAGGUAUUUGAAUUUGUCUCCAAGUGUGGCAGCUGCUGCACUACAGUGAUGGCACUCAUGCUGGUGUCUUGGCCAGUUCUCCAGGCUCAAAAAGCGAAGGGACGCGAGGAGCAGGAUGCCCCACCAUCACCAGCCCGGCAGUGUUUGUGUGGGGCAUCCUGACACGGCUGACUCAUCUGGGACCCCUCAGAGUCAGUGCAAGACACACUGCAUGGUGCCACACUCAUAACAAGUCCCUAGGUUACAUCUGUCAGUGCAAACCUUACUGCUAAGUGUGGUAUUGAAAUGUUGAAGGUCCCCUGUGCCACGCAGGACAACACACUACAGGUCUCCCAUCAACCACUCCUAGGCCCCCUCAUCUACUUCCUCCAUGGCUUACUAUCACUGACACCUAAGUCUUGUGGUGGCACAGGUCUUGUCCUGGCACCCAUUCCUGCCCUGGCUCAGCUCUCGCUAGCAACAGUGAUGCAGCACCACUGCCCGGCAUGUCUCCCCUCGCUGGUGCCAUCCUGGCUGUGCUGCUGCCCGGCACUCAGUGCCUUCUGUGCAGGAAUCUCUUUGCUGUGACACCAAGGUACCUUCUUGAACAUGUUUUAAAUACUUGUUGGAUGGACGUGGUUGUCUUCAACAUUCAGUGUAUGCCUGCUGAGGGCCUCCUCCCCAAAGACAGCCACAAAGAUAAUUUUUCCAACUCAAAAGACAGCUUCAAAUAAUUCUCAUCUCAAUACCAUGUUUAUUUUUCAUAAAAACGUAACAAGUGCCAAACAAAUAAGUGUAAUUAAGGUCGCCGUCACCUCUGAGAUCAUCGAGCUCAAGACCGAGGCAGGAGCAGGUCGGCUUGUCAACAACUGUGCCAGUUGUCACACCACAAGUGUUCAAAACUUGAAGAAUAUGCAUUGAAAAGUCCCAUAAUGAAUUAUAAUAGCAAAGGUUUCCCAUGCUGUGCAAAUCUCUAUCUAUCACCUUACAGUUCUGCUGCACAAAGUAUGAAGUCACGUCAACAGUGUGAUUGAAAAUUGCAAAGUUUUGCACUGGAAAAUUUAGGCAAGAUCCUGUAUGUCGGUUCACACCACUCUUACAUUCUGUGAUGGUGAUGAUUAAAAAAAUCAGUGAACAGACAGUGAACUUCAAAAAGUCUCUCCUAUAAGUCAAACCAGAAAAUGCUGUGCAGCUCAGAGGAAAUGAAUACAGUGCUGCAGAGCAGUGGUGGUGGUCUGCCAGCUCAAAUAAUCUGUGGUCCCUUGCCCAAGUAGCUCCCCUCAUAAUGCCUCUCAGGUGCAACGUGGCGCCGCCACGCCUAGUGGUGCAGUGCUGCUGCUGCUGCUUAGGUAACAGUGAGUAGACCCCGUGGUGGCCGCUUGCCCCCCCACACCCCGUCAGUGUUGUGCCGCGCCGUGCCACCCUUCACUCGGCGUUGCGCGGCGCCAUGCAGGUCAUCUGGAUGAUCUUCUUCAUGGCCUUGGGAAUGUCCUCCGACGUCUUGGUCUUGGGGAUGCCGCCCAGCAGCUCCUGACACUCCCGCUUGCCCUGAGUGAUCUCGCUGCACGCCACAAUCAGGUCAUAGUUGAUGCCCUCACUCACCACAGAGUCUUGCCUGGGGGAGCACAGGAAGUGUCUUAGUUCAUCACUUAUUGUAAGAAAGGUGCAGCACAACAGGCAUCCAGUUACUCACUCACUGGAACAAGCCACUGGUACACUAACCAACAUUCAAAAAUGCUUUACUCUCUCACCACGACUAUUUAUUUUCAAAGGCCACAGAGAUUAUCAGACAGGUUCUUAAGAGUAUUUCACUAUUAAUAAUGUAGAAAUCUUGUCAGUCUGUCACUAUAACCAUUUAAACACCCUUAAAAAUGUCAAAUUUGACAUCUACUAGAGCCUUUUGAAAGUAAUGAAGGUGGAGUCAGAUAUGUUUCAGAAUAUGGUCCAAUAUCCUACUUUAUUUGAUGUUCCAGCCCCUUAUCAUGUUAAUGACUGCAAUAUACAGGACUAAAACAUCAGCAGUGCACAAAGGGAGCAGAGACUAAUGUAAUGUAGAGACAUGUGAGGAAUGUGUGUGUGAAGAGAGGGAGAGAGUGAGCGACUAGUUUGUAAACAUACUGUGGGGGUCAUCCUGUGGGUCUGUAGAGAGAGAGAGAGAGAGAGAGAGAGAGAGAGAGAGAGAGAGAGAGAGAGAGAGAGAUGCAACUCCUAAAACAAACCAAUCAUGCAAUCUUACAUAUUUUCUCGCAUUCCCUCAUCAGAUUUAUUCCCCUGCAAGUCACAAACACCUCUACACCUCCUUACACUUGUACACCCACUCAAUGACCUCAGCAUGCACACACACACACACACACUCCCUCAACACCAACACUCACUUAUACUCAGGGUGUGAAGUGACAUAGUUCCUGAUCCAGGCAGCAGUAGUCAUUGCUGUGCCUGCCGCCCGUGCACUAAUGAAAUUUAAAUACUGGCCGAUAGUGCAGGCGGUGUCGGCGUCCAUGUCCAGAGCUCCAAGAUACUGACGCACCAGGGGAAUCAGGCCCACAAACUCGUCCCCCUGAAAUGUUUUGGUUGAGUGGGAGGUCGUCAUGAUGUGACUGAUCAGGGUAGGAUGAGAAGUAAUGGGCUUGAGUUUGGUGUAUUUGAAAAGAGGAAAUAACUAGUUUGUUAGGCAGGUUUCAUACAGGGACAGGGUUUCAUCAUACAAGUUUUAUAGUUUGUUAGACAGGUUUCAUACAAGGACUGCCAUAUGUAGGCCUGAUGGCUUCUGGUAACUUCCCUUGUUUGCUCAUGUUGUUCAGACUAUCUUCUACAUCCCAACUGACUGUCUUUAAUUUCUCAUCCACUGCAAUGUUGUAUCUGUUCCUCUUACUGUCUUCUACAAAGGUUCAGUAGCAAAGGCCUGUAUUCAGAAAGACUGUUCUCUUACCAUCACUAUUUUUCAAGAUCACAGAGAUGAUUAAGUAGGUUCUUAAGUGUUUCUUUUGUAUGUAUGUAGAAAUCCCAUUAUUCUGUCACUACAACCAUAAAAACACCCUUAAAAAUCCAUGUCAUCUUAACUAGACCCUUCUAAAUGUAGUGGAGAUGCCAGGAUGUGAAUGCAGAGCCAAUGUGGAGAUUAGAGUAGAUCUAUUUAUGGAUAUUGGUAGGGCGUUCAAAAUGAUCAAUACCAAAAAGUACCAAUGGGCAUUUAGACUCCACAACACUGAGCCUCGUACCUUCCCGUUGAUGAUCUCACUGACAGUCAUCUGGCUGGUGUCGUCGCCCUUGUCACAGUCCCUGGAGAACACGUCCCGCCUGAACCACAGCUUCUGGUCCAGCACUGCAUUGCGUUUCUGGCAGUUCUGCAUGUUUUCAUCAACCUGGCGGGUGGCAUUUGGGAGUAAGCCUUUUGCGAACUGGUACUGAAUUGGGCUUCCCCGGUUCCCCCCGCCCCCACCCCUCCGAAUUUUGUUGCCCAUUGCCAGUGACCCUCUUGUAUAAAAAAAAAAACUGACCACUAUUAUUCAUCAUUAAUUAUUUUGUCUACCAUCCUCAACUCUUCACUAUUAUCAUUAAUCAUUUUGUCAACCAUCCUUAUUUUACUAGUUAAGACUCCUCAUUUAUCAUUUAUUCCAUCAGCAUCACUCAUCAUUAAUUCAUUUUGUCUACCCUCCUUAUUUCACUGAGCUGGACUCCUAAUUCACUUCAGCAUUCAAGCCAUUACCUUUACAUAACAGGCUCAUUCUUCUUCCCACAUCUUUUCUUAACCUUUGAAAGACUACAUCCAAGCUUUGCAAAUAAGUAAACAUGUUAUCUUAGUACAAUUUCCUAGUAACUCACAAUAUAAUAUUCUCACCAUCACUAGCAGUCAGUCACACCAUCACUAGUUAGUCCCUGGUGACAAUAAAAUAUUCUCACCAUCACUAGCAGUCACACCAUCACCAUCAAAAUACACCAAUGCUUUCCUUACCUUUGAGAUUGGGAUUAACAUGUUCAGCUUGAAGGUAAGUAUGGCUCGGGUCAGCAGCACAAUGAACACACCAAAGGCUGCGUUCUCAAAAUCAGUCAGCUGAACCUCGCAUGGUCUGAACUCAACCCGCCAGCCAAUGUUGCUGUUGAUUGGAGGAACCUUGAACCUCAUGCUCUGCCAGUUUGUACUCUGGAUGUUCUGUGGAAAAGACAAUUGUACAGUUUUAGUUUGUUUUCCUAACCUGGCAAGUCUCAAGUUAGUGGGGGGCAAAAUUACACUAAAGCAAAUGUUUUCUUUCCUCAGUGAUACAAAACUUGAUAUUUCCAGAUUUAUUUCAUGUAUUUCCAGAUUUAUUUGAGUUGUUUUGUAAGCUUCUUUGUUUUACUUGUCUUCCAAUGAGUAAGGAGACAAUUCCAGCAAACUUUUUCCUCAAUGAUACAAACUAAACUUAAUAAUAUUUCAAGAUCUAUUUCAUUUGUUUUGGAAGUUCUCAUUUGUGUUUCAAUGAGUCUGAUUAGAAGUGGUUUAUGGGUGAAAUUAAUUUUGGGAAUCUGUAAAGGAAAGAUCUAAUAAGAGCACUGAAAGGCAAGACAUGAGUGGCACAGUACAGCUGCAUCCCCCUUUGGAGUUGUCAGCGAGAAUUAGUGCAUAUGGUAAAGAUGACAUUUGUUGCGCACAACAAAUAAACAUGAAAACUGUGAUGAGGCUGGGCAGGUUUAUGGUUCUUUAUCUGACACUUUACUAUACAAGUCAUAUAUAUCAGUAUAUUAAGAAAAUGUCUAAAAUUCUCUUGGAGCAAGUUUGUGGAUUCAUUACCCAAAACUUUCAUUUACAGACUCAAACAUUUCACUUCCCCUUACAAUUUUUGCUGUGAGGUUCUCAACUGUAUGUUUGCUGCUGAAAUGAUUAUUUAUGGCAAUUGUGCAUGACUAGAGUGCCUGCAGCAGCAUUGUGUCAUGGUGUGGGUGUGUCGGCAGGCCGUGGCAGCCCUUGGUGGCCUGGCGCCUCACCUCGAAGUGGUCCAUCUCCCUAACAUCAUCCUGGUGGAUUCUUUCAGAGAAGAGAGAGAUGGAGUCCCUGAUGAAGAGGUGCGAGAUGUGCAGGGCCAUCUGCUCAUCCACCUUGCUGUCCAGCAGCUUCUGUUCAAUCUUCUUGUCGUACACCAGAGGAAUGUCGUUGUACCUGCAGUGGGUGUUGGAACAGCGUGAGGACUUGCUGCUGCAUCAUGGCACUGGCUUGCUGAACUACACCACGAGUUUUGUUUCACAAGCAGUGUAACACCAGUGUUGUUGUGCAGCAAUGAAGAAGUCUGUGAUGGUACUGUACAUAAAAUUUCACACCUUUAAUAAAAUUUUGAUACAGAA